AAGCCGCGCAGCCCUCUCGCAAAUCCACCACAAUAAGUCGGUAUUCCACUUUGGAAGUUUCAUGGUCAUCGUCAUCGCCAGACAGUCUUUCGACCUCAACCGCACAGUUAAGACCUAGACUUCGGGUCAAGACUGUUGAGAGGUCUUGCAGAGAGUAUCCGAACCGGAAGUCAGUUCUGUGAAUGAAUCCUGAGUGUUUCCAGAAAAGUUUUGUGUAGGAGGUGACGUUAAUUUGUGUCGUGAUCAGGAAGUGAAAAAAUUUCGCUUAAUGUCGAAUUGUGAACUGAUUAGGGGUGGCUCGACCCUUUCCUUCAGCGGUCUAAAUUCUUUGGAACAGUUGCAUCAAAGUGAUACGAUGAGGGAUAAUUGGGAAUCGGCAGAGCCCUUAGUGCUAAAGUCGGACCAACAACUGCAGCAUCAACGUCACCCAACACAGUAUUUACAACAACAGCAGCAUCAUCAGCAACAGCAUCAGCAGCAACAUCAUCAGCAACAGCAGCAGCAGCAACAGCAGCAGCAUCAUCAGAAUCACCAGGAACAACAACGACAAACCAAUAUUCAGGAGCAGCGGCAUCAUCCCCCCCACUCGCCAACCACGCCCUCUUGGGGUAUCGCGGAUAGAAUAGUGAAAGAGGAAUUACCUGAUGAAAAGAAUGAUGACUCAGGUGUCUCUCCCGGUCACUAUACGAGCAAUUCCGCCUCUCCAAGGAGCAGAAGAUCUUCUUCAGUUGUGAAUUUCAGUCUUUCGCCGGGAAGCGCGACUUCAGAUUCACAAGGCAUGCCGUGCACUGCAUACGACUACAGUCCAAAUUUAUAUAGACGUUCAAAUUCUCCUGUGAACUUUGGGAGCAUACAUUCUGCCGUACAAAAUACGCCAGAAAUGAAAAGUGAACAGCCACCAAUGGACGUUGUUUCUAAUUCGAUGAGGGCGCACGAAGACAUCAAUCUCAUUAAUGAAAAUAUGCAAUGCCCGAUCUGUAUUUUCAGUACUUCAAAUAGGGCGCAAUUCAACGAGCAUCUGUCCUCCCACUAUUCCACAAAUUGCGAAACCCCGGAAUUCAGGAGUUCGCUAAGUCUAAAUGGAAUUGACGAUUGCAAUCGACUGUCUCCAAUAAUGACAGGUGACAGGUCCGAGCAUGAGUCAGAGGAAACUGAUGAGGCUGCUUUGAACGUGCCACGUGUCAAUUCACAAGGAAAAGUGAAAACCUUUAGGUGUAGGCAGUGCAACUACUCAGCCGUCACGAAGUUGGACUUUUGGCAACAUACUAGGGGUCACAUCAAGGCUGACAAGUUGCUGACUUGUCCCAGGUGUCCGUUUGUAACCGAAUACAAACACCACCUUGAGUACCAUCUUCGAAAUCAUUUUGGAUCAAAGCCUUUUAAAUGCGACAAGUGCCCAUAUUCAUGUGUCAACAAAUCGAUGCUUAAUAGCCAUCUGAAAUCGCAUUCGAAUGUUUACCAGUACAGAUGCUCUAACUGUGCCUAUGCCACCAAGUACUGCCACUCGCUCAAGCUGCACUUGAGAAAGUACAAUCACGAACCUGCAAUGGUUCUGAACGCUGACGGAUCGCCAAAUCCAUUACCUAUUAUCGAUGUCUACGGUACCAGGAGAGGACCGAAGCAGAAGCCAAUGAAAAUGCCAGAAGAUGGCCAAUACAUGCAGGGUCAACUAAACAAUAACAUGAUCAAUGCGCUUCAGUCUUCCUUCCUCUCUUCGAAAAUGGUGGUACCCGGUCAGAUGUCACAGAUGUCGCCUCUGUCGCCGAUUUUAAAUAUGAGCGCCAUGAACAGGACGCAUGGAAUGAACAGAUUAAAUGGAUUAAACGGAAUAAACGGAGUCAAUGGAAUGAACGGACUUUUGCACAAUCCAGCUAAUAUUAUGUCUGCAAUGCCAUAUAGCCCACUAUUUUCCGGCUUACCAUUCCCUAGUUCCUUAUUUGGCGAGGAUGAUGCAGAAAAGGCGAUAAAAUUAAAGGCUUUCUUGGAUUACGUGAAAUCGAUGAAUGGUGGUAAGAUUCCAGAAGAGUUGAUGAGAAGCAUUCCGACCAUGGCAGACUUUGUGCAAAAUGAAGUCAUGAAAUCCUCUACAAAUGGAGUCAAAGUUCCUGUGAUUGAUGAACGUGUCCCAACACCAGAAGAUGAUUAUGUGGAAGGAAAGAUCGCACCUCUGGACCUCAGCAAGCCCAAUUCUAAUUCGCAGACGGAGAAGAUUGUACUUAAUUGCCCUAAGACUACUGGCACCAGCAGGCGUAAAGGAAAAGCUGUAAAGUUGGACAGACGAGUAAUGGAGGAAGAAUCAGAUGAAGAACAGAUUCCGGAAGAAAUUUUCAACUCACCGGCUCCUUUCGCUUCGCUCGAGGCUUUAGAAGAAAGAAAAGACUCGACUUCCGAUGAUGGCAGUGGCAUCAACAGCGAAUUUACCUGCCAAUUUUGUGAAAUAUCUUUUGGCAAUGAUGUUAUGUACACUGUUCACAUGGGCUACCACGGAUAUCAAAAUCCAUAUACUUGCAACAUGUGCGGUCAUCAGUGCUCAGAUAAAGUGUCCUUCUUCCUGCAUAUUGCUAAAUCCAAGCAUUAAGAAGACGAUUUCAAUACAUAUCAUCAAUUUCUACGAUGGUAUUGAUAUUUUUGGUAGAAAUUAUUUUUCUACAGUAGACCGCAUUUUUCUACUAGGGUGUAAUUGCAAUCGCAAGAAAUACUCCAUUUUUCUGCGAAAAAUAGGAGAAACAAAAAAUUAUUUCCUACUAAAUAGUUAAAUUGUUGAAGAUUUAACUUAAAAAUGAUGCAUUAAAUUUUUCCUAAUUAUGAUUAAAUUGUACAUAUAUGUAAAAAGUCUUUCUAAUGUUCAGAUUUCUAAAUAUUUUGCUCUGCGCUAAUGUUAUUUUUAGGCAGAAGACAAAGUGCCAUAUUGUAAUAUACUCGGGGUUUUGACCAAGAAACUAUUGUUACGAAACCAGCCCUAUAGCUUUAUAAUCUUUAUAUCAUUAUGAAGAGGUGCAAUUGUAUAUUCUACAAUAGUCUUGGCUAAUAAUUGCUUAUGUACAGUUGAAAUUUGAGUUUUUAAACAUCUUUAUUUAAAUGGCAAAUUUAUAGAGAAAUUGUUUAAAUGGGGCGAAUUAAAAAUUUAAAUUUCUAUAGCUUUGUAGGGAGGUACAAUUGUAUUUUUCGUAAGAUACAUAUUACAUAUAGUUGGUCAUCUUAGACUUAAAUGAACGAGAACCAAAAUUCGCAGGCUACAAAAGAAAAGAAAAUCGCUGCAUUCUAGUCAUGUGUAGAACGCUGUGAGCGACGAGCGCGUAUAGACUCGGGGUGCAAUGUAAUAAUAUAAUCAAUAAUGAUUUCUUUGAAGAUGCUCAACGAUUUUUUUCGGAAAUUUUUUUCGCCCAGAUUUAUUGGAAUUUGGUCAAGCGUGAUAAAAUCGGGCAUCAUGUGUACAAAUUACGUCAGCACAGUCAUGACAAUCUAAACCUUGUAAGUAGAAGAAAUAACGUAUUUAUAAAUAUCAGAAGUAAAAUAAUUUUCAAUAUUUUUGUCAUUUUGUUUAGCUGAAAUUUAUGAGAAACACCUGAACAUAAUGAGACUCUGGGAUAAAAUGAUCUGUUUCCAAUUAUUUCUUUAUUGUUAAGAUUCACGACGUUAGUAUAAGAAUUUUGUAAUAAGUAUUGGAAAGGGAUUCUUGAAAUGGCGAGUCUCUUUUCGAGUCUUCUCCUCUGAAAUUCGAAAGUUAAUAUAAUUUGUUUGCAUAUGACACUAUAGACAUUAGGGGUGAAUGCCAAAUAUAAGUAAUAAAUACUUGUCAUACCCAACAACUGGUUUUGUAAUGCAAAGUAGAUUUACAAAAUACUCGACAUUCCGAUUAUGUGUAAGAAACCGAAAUAUAUUCCUUAUAUUAUUUAUAAAAAAA